CAGAGAAUAACAUUUCCAAAAAGUAUCAUAUAUUCGGGACAUAUUAUGAAGUCUUACAUGAGAUACUGACCUUUCGCAGAGAAAGUUUUGCUGUUUGCGAAAGAAUGCUCAUUGUUAGACCUGAACUCUACAUGUAUGUAUUCUUUUCUUCAAAUAUGGUGCGACUCACAUUACACUGCGGGAUGAGCUUGAAAACCGGUGUUUGUUGUUUUAAUCGUUGCAGUGCCUUUUUGUUUUUAGUUUAAUAUUGCUCAGCUAUUGCUCUAAUAUUGUCUCAUGAGUGCAUCAAGGUUUAUGUUACCUAGGAUAUUUCUUCUCUCUCUAAAAACUUUUGCCCUUCAAUUGGCAAACUGGUAUUGAUUCAAGAAGAACAACUUAAAUUAACUUUAUGCAUAUGGGCCCUCGAAUCAUUCGCGAACACAAACCUACCAUGGUUCACUCAAAUUUCUGCGGACUGCAGUCUUUUAAUUCAAAGAAGAUACUGUUGGCUCUCGGUGUCAUCGCGUGGGCAGCAAUUUUCUUUCUAUCUGGGACCUUAUUUAUCAGGAGGAGAUAUGAAAGCGCUAACGAGGUAGGACGAACUUCUUAUGUUACUUUCUGUAAAAUUUUAAGCCCCCUGCUACAGUGGGUAAGAUAUUUAUUAAGUAUACACGUUUCAACUCUAUUCAUAUUUAAAAACCAUUUGUGAGAAAAAAUGUGAAAUUGCUGCAUGAGGUUCACGGAAAUCGUAGCCCCCUGUGGUUUGUUAAAUGACAUUCAUUUUGAGAUUGUUAAUACAGUUGAAGCCCUUGCUUUUCUUGUAUUUGCUCAGAUGCAAAAAUAUUUCAUUGACUAAAGACUUGGAGAAAACAACAAUGAAUUUGCUUUUUUCAAUAACAUGACAAGGGCAGCCAUGCUGGUGGACAAAACAAUAAUAUUUUUUGCAUAAUUUACAUCAGGCUUAAAUGAAAGAAGAAGCACUACACCCAGAUCUGGGUAGAGAUGACAUGUCAUCAGUAAGCAUUGGUUGUACUUCAUUAGCAGAACUGCAUGAUGGGGAUAUGCAAGAGUGUGUAUAAUAUGCGAGCCAGCGAGCCAGCGUGUCAUGCGAGUCAACAUGCGAGCCAUGCGAGCCAUGCGAGUCAUCAAGGGAGCCAUGCGAGUCAGCAUAAAAUAACUUUGUUUUUAACGUAAACUACAAAAAACCUAGCCUCUGUAGCUAAGUAACGUAUUUAUUCCAAAGGCACGUCCUUUAAAAUUCAGCUUCAGAAAAAUUCGCCAAUAUACAAAUUGAACGAGGUGAAACAAUAACAAAGGUUUGAGAAUGCAUUAAACAAAGGUUUAAAGGUUCUUCUUCGGUCAGGUUUAAUAGUCAGGUCUCUUAAGGUCAGGAUCGUUACAGAGUUGACAAAAGCACCAAAUUUUGCACAGUGAUAGCUUAUUGCAGUGCCAUGAAUAUUAGAGGGGGUGCCCAAUGCAAAUAUGCCACUGAAGCGUGCUAAACAGGAUUUAAUUAUUGUAAAUUUCACCUGCUAGGGUCCCUGUGGUGUUUUGAUUGAAAAUUGUUAUUAAUUUAAUACCUUAAAUCACUCAGAAUGCUCUUUUCAUGUAGUAAACAACAAUUUCACUCGAACAUCUGGCAUUCCCAUCCAUUAUUAGCUUAUUGAUUGUAUAAUUAAGUUAAUUAUUAAUGUGCCUUAAAAGCAAGUCCACAGUCCACCCACAUUUUCAUAAGUCAUUUCUAAGAUGGCCUCGUCUCAGCUUCUGGGGUUCUCUUCUCCUUUUCUAGUGUAUUUCAAUUAGAGGAGGCUUUAUUGUGUGGCUUAAGCCUUAUUUAUCAAGUAUUAUUUGUCAUUGCAUGUCACUUUAAGCUAAAGAAAGCUUAUGGCCUAGCGAUUCACACACAAAAUUUCAGAAAAAAGAAAUUUUCAAAGAGUCUGUUGUAUCACAUAUUAUCAGGGAUUUAUGGCAGCUGCUCAUGAACACCAAAUAACGAAAUGACAGAACCCAAAGUAGUUCUUUCUUAAGGGGGUAAUUAAUUUUUCAGCUUAACAUAGGCCUGGAUGCCUUUCAGUCUCUCAUUAUCUGCUGGACGCACGUGCAUGUUUUGACAGAGAAGCAUGCAUCGUGGCACAAGUCAUAUCAUUUACAAUUCCCACAGUUUGUUUAAGCUUUACAAAGCAAAAACAAACAAAAAAGAAUCUGGUCUCAUAAACGAAAAAAGGAAACAAGUUAGCCCAAGCUUCAAAAAACAGCACGGUUUAUCAUGAAGCCUCUAUAUUUGGCACUGAAGCACUAGUACUCAUGUCCAAAAAACAGCUUCUCAAGUCGUAAAAGUGAGACUCAAGUGGUACAAGAUUGACUCAAAUGAAAAAUGGUGAAUGGCUUAACUGCUGAAACUGUAGAAAGGGGGGCGGGCUAACUUUUACGGCCUGUUUACAUGGAGGAGGGGGACCCCAGGUAGGCAUGGUAUCCCACUUAGGUGGGGUAACCCGCCUGUCCAUGUAAUCUCUCAUUUCAAUUUAAUCACGUUCACAUGAUAGGUGGGGUGACCCUUAAAGGUGGGUAGCCUGGUCUGCCACACCGGGUAACCCUCUCAGCUGAGGUCAAAUUUUGCCAUGUCAACGUUUCAGGGUGAGGUAACCCAGGCUAUUCGGGGUCGGAUUCCUGAUGCAUCAAAUUCACGCAAAAUUCACUUUGGUGCAGGGUGACUUCACAUAUUUAUUGAAGGUAACAAUAGAAAGCCACAACACUGAAGGUUCCAGCAAGAGCAGCAAGUGAGCGUAGCCAGCAUUUUUCUUGUUUACAUGCUUAGGGACCAUUCAAUAAUCUUGAGGAAGUGCACCCCAGGAUGGCGGGGUUGUAAGAUGGCAUGUAAAGGAGGGUUAUUUUUUACCUCACCUAGGCAGGCUACCUUACCUACCUGGGGUCCCCCACCUUUAUGUUAACAGGCUUUAAGUCUCAGGAACUGUGGAACUGGUAAUAAACGGUAUACCUAACCCGGGACUAGCUGUGAUACUACUUCCAUCUUAAAAAACGUCAGCAUAGCAGCCAAAGGAGCCAUUACAUCGGUGUAACACGAAUAUAAGAUUGCGGUGGUUUCAUGCGUCUCGUUUUGUGACUUUUUUUGUCUUCCUUUUUUAUCACCAUCCCUAAAUUUCAAUCAUGUUCAAAACACCCCUACUAACAAAAUAUUUCGUAAAGCUCUUUAGAAUGAUAUUCAGCAAUAAAAACAAGGUGUGACCAGGAGUCGAUUUCUAGGCUCCUGGUGUGGCAACAUAGGCAUAAGUGAAUGCAAAGUUUUGCGGUAUGUAAUCUGUCAAAAAUCUGUUUGAGUGGUCAAAGUUUUGGCAGUGAUGGGUUUUUUUACCAUCACCACUCCAUUAUUAUAAGGGACCACGCCAUAAUUAUUGUUGACCCUUGCUUUUUUUGGUAUUUUCUGUAAUUUUCCCCAGCAUUAUUUGGGGAAAGGUGGCAACUGAUUUGCUCUUGAGGAAUUCAUGACCGUAAGAUUUCGUAACCACGCGGUAUUCCCCUAAUUGCAUUAAUGAAAUAAAUAAUACGUUCAUUUUCAUAAAUGAUGCAUCAUUGGUUGGCUAAAAGAGGCCUUGUGGUUCCUGUAACUUUCAGCUCUUCUGAAGUUAGUUUGUUUGUAAAUUGUAACGAACACAAUGACCUUCCUUUUUUUUGGAAGACUGUAUAGACCUACCAUUAAUACUCUGGUGCAAGGGCUCUGAAGUGAAUGAGCUCCUUACAGGUGUCUAGGCAUGCGGGGACCUCAUACACUUCUUUUUAAAUAUAAAUGUGUAAAAAAUAAAGAGUUUUAAAAAUUCCUGGAGAAGCCUAUUUUACAUCCUCGUCCCCAGGGCUUAAUAAAAAGGUAGAAAAAGGUAAAGCGACCAUAUUUUACGUCAAUAACUCGAGAAGGUAAUAAUAACUGAUAAACCAGGUGGACGGUGCACUCCUUUUACCCCUCUCUCUCCAUCAAUGCUCAGCCGUUUUAAGGGUAUUUAAAGCUAGUCAAAGCUACACAGAAAGGAGAAAAGCUGAAAUAAGGAUGUGUUGACAUUGGGGAUCAAACUCGGGACCUCGCGCACCGAAGGCUGUGCACUAGCCAACUGUGCCACUCUUUCUCCUCCUUUUCCCCCUGAGGACGAGGUUGACAUGUUUUAAUGACAGGGUUACCAAGGAAUCAAAUUAUAAUCUAAUCUUAGCUGCACAAUUACAAAGUGGGCACGUUGUCAGUUACAGUUCAUGAGGUCGUUCAUGUGGCAUGUGAAAAUUUAACGAUUCUGUCGUUUAGGAUAUGAUACGUUUGGGUUUUAUGUUAUUGUAUGACAUCUUUGAAGGCUGGCUAUGUGAUCUGUUUAAAUUGAUAUGUAAUGAUAUUAUCACUGGCAAGUCUUAGCGGUGACACUGAUAGCAACACAGUGAACAUGGCCAAAUUUACCGUGUGGAGACUGGGCACUAAUCAGUGUUAUGUACAUGUAAAACUAUUUUGAAUAGUGUAACAACAACUAAACAUCACCAAAUUAAAAACUUAAAACUUUGAAACAAAUGUUUUUUAGCCAAAUCAAACAAGAAGAGUACACACCACAGGGAACCCAAUCUGCUAUUAUAGGUGAAAGUUAACCCCCCCUUUUAUCUGUAAAUAGGACCAUUUGUAACGGGCACCCCCUCCAGUAUUAAUCGGCAGGUACUAAGGAAGCUCUGUGCCAAAUUUGACACUUUUGUCACGUCUGUAACGAUCCGGCCUAUAUUUUGCACUAAGAGACCUGACUAUAAUGAGUCACACCAUAUGUGGUAAGUCACGUGACCAGAAUAUAAAAAAAAAACACUCUUUAAAACCCAAAUGUCUUUCAUCUUUCACAAUAAAACCAAUGCCAAUGGCUUAAGAAUAUCGUAAUAAAAAAUCUGACUUACUAACAAGUUUAACGUUCGUUCUCAAAAUUCACAUUUAUCGAAAAAGCUAUGACGUCAUUGAAGGGGUAUUUUCAUACAUUUUCUUUAACAGACUUUCUUGCUUUCGUCUGAACGCUAAGUUCAUCCUACAGAUGUUAAAAAAAGUCAAAUUGCUUAUGAUUCGCCAAAAAAUGGAUUCUCUUUCCUUUGAACUUUUGCGCUUUUUCAUUUCUAAAGGGGAAUUGGGGACUGGCACCAGUUGCGCAUGUGUAAUGUCCAUUUAGUGUUGUCUUAUCUUCAGUUUCAUGGUUCCCACCAUAGUAACAAAUAACAUAACUUACCUUAAAAAAAGAUGAAAAAGAUGAAAAAGAUAACAAAACGAUAUUGAAAGGAGAGCGAGGAUAGCGAGAACUCGUGCCAAAUAGCCAAAAGCCGCCAAAAGCCGAAGAAAGGAAAAUGGACUGGGAACUAACAUCUGUCUCGCAUGGCUCACAUGAUGACUUGCAUGACUCGCUGGCUCGCUGGCUUGCAGUUUGUCAAGACCCGAUAUGCAGACACUUUCAUGAAAUGUCAGAUUGUUUUGAAUACCCUUGAAAUUAUCUACUGAAAUGAAGCCACACCCUGCAAAACACUCAAGUUUAAACAAUAAUUUUAUACCCAAAAAAUCUGGCGAUCAUCCUUGCUAUUUUUAAUCCAGACUACCCUGUCUUGGAGGGGAUUAUAAUUAACAGCAGUUCCUCUUGUAUGGUGCAUGUGCAGUGAAAAAAGUUUAAUGCUGUGAAAGAUCACUUGUGAAAUCAGUUGCAAAUAGAAAUGAUUCAUAUUUUAGCUGUCACAGAAUCAGUUUUAUGUGGCUGGACCUCAGCUAUGAAGUGGGUACUUGUACUUCAUUUUUAACGAAUCAAUAGCAAACAUGGGCUAUUCAUUCACAUGACUGUGAGGCUUUCUGGUCAUUAAUUUCUAUAUUUGGUUUGGUUUUCUUUGUGACCAUGAUCAAGUCUCUUCAGGGAAUUAUGAGACAAUAGAGUCGUGAAAAAUUUGCAAUUUUGUCUAUGUUAGAAUUUUAUUAUAUCGAAUGUUAAUAAUAAUAAUUAACUUUUUAAAGUCUCAAGCUUCUAGCUUAGUACAAGUGCUAAAACUAAUCAUGCAAGCACCUUAAGAAAGAGUUGUGUACACUUUGAAGCCAACCAACCACCCAAGUGUACGUGAUGAAAUUAGAAAUAAUAAGAUAUUACUAAUAAUAAAAAAUUAUAAUAAACAUGUUUAUAUAGUGCCUAUACUUUUCAGUGCUAAGUGCUUUUCAGUUACAUACACUGAGAAAUUCUCAGAAAAAAAGUCCGAGCCCACAACACACAACACUUUCUUAAGGUGCUAGCGUGGUGCAAGUUAGUCAGUGUGUUGCUUAAAGCAGAGUCCUGUGUGGCUACCCCAAAACCCGUGACCUGUUCGCCAUGUGAGGGGCCCAUAACUCGGUGGUAAUUAGAGCAUCCUAACAAUAUCUGGAAGGUCAUGGGUUCGGUUGUCAUGGAGGGCUCAGAAUUUUUUUCUGAGUGUUUCUUAGUUCAUGUAUGUAAUAUCUAUUUCUAAUUUCAUCACCCGUACACUUGGGUGGCUGGUACUUAGAGAACAAUUCAAAUAAUAAUAAUAAUAAUAUACUUGUGACAUUCCUCCAUCUAUUAUUGAGAUUAAUAUUAUUGUCACAUUUUCAGCUUGUGUCAAAGCUGGGUGCAUCUCUCCAAGAGAGGAUUGAUAGUUUAAGGUAAGCUGAUUUUAAAAAAACUUACAUAUACAGUAUUACUUGAAAUAAAGUGUGGAAUUAUUGAUUUAAGGUCUGUAUCAGUUAAUGUCUUAUGAAAGGUUAGACCACUCCAUAAUACAGAUACUUCUCAAUUAUGGACUGUUCUCUUGGAACCAUUUAUUAUUAUUAUUUUUCUCAACAAGAGCCAAAGCUGUCUUGUGUUACCUUCUUUAUUAAAGGCUUUUACCUGAGUACUUACUUACUUACUGACUUACUUACUUACAGUGGGAAGCUCUCGUCACAGACACUCUCAUAAGCAGACAGCUCUAGUUACAGCCAGCUUCACAAAACUUGGUUUACUCAACUCUGAUACAAACUCUGUAUUUUUAACAUUUCCAUUAGUGGCCUGCAGUUCCAGUUACGGAAUCCUUUUUCAUGUUCCGAGGGUGUCCGCUUAUGAGAACUUCCACUUUACUUACUUAUGUCAUUCUUUCUUACAGACUGACUGACUAUAAAUUACUGACUUACAAAGUACAUGCUUACAAGUGUUUAGUUAACACCUCACUGUAAUGUGGACUGGUGGCUUUAUCCCUUUUGAAGUUCGCAUGAGAGAGGUUGACUGUUAAAUGUAUUUUGUAAAGCUCUCAGCUACGUGAAGGAAAGACGUCUGCUAAAGAUUUGACUCAAGCGCUCCAUGCAAAGAUCAACUUGACACUUUCCAGUCUGGAUGAGAAGAUCAGUGCCCUGGAAAAGGACUUUGAAGAAAAGCGUCAAAGGGCCUUCCAUGCUCUUCAUGCCUUACAUGGUGGUAACGCUGAUAAUGAGAAAGCAGAGCCACAACCAAUGAUUCAGCAAACUGCAGCGCCUGAAAAUGCUCCUGAGGCAAGGUACUGUCUUUUAAGACAGUGUAGAACAUGUAGCUAGUUGUAGAGACUUGUGUAUGUAUGGAGCUCUUUUUUAUGUAACAUGACCAACCCACCCGUUGUUAGCGCAUAACCCAGGUUAAGGUGUGCCGCUGCCACCCUUGUUACAUGCACUUCAUAGAGUAAUGUUGCCGCCACCCUCAUAUUAUCCCAGGGUACUCCCAACAACCUAAAGUCUCAUUUACUGCCAAAAAUUGUGUCCUUUCUCUUUCUCUACCACAUUAAUAAGUAACUAAAAGUUGUUAAUGGAGCUGUAACUUGACCAAGCUAUUUCCCUCUUUUUAGCAUGACUAUACAACAAUUUUCCCCUACAUGUUUUGUUGUAUUUUAUUUUAUUAACUUCCCCAAGACUAUAAAGUUAGAUUUCCAAGAAAAACUGCAAAAAUGAAACUGGCAUGAAACAUUAAAAAAGUUACAAAUUAAGACAGAAAAAAUACAUUAUUUUGUGGCUAAUUAAAAGAGGAAAUAAUAAUUGUUUGUUGAUCUUUAAGUGGGCCAGUUGAGAUAAAAUCAAGUGAGAGUGGAAUGUGCAUUGAUUCAAUGGAAAAACCUUUAGGCAGUGAUACUCAGUUGUUUGAAUGUCAUGGUCAAGAAGGAAAUCAGGUAAUUUUUUACAUAAAUGAAUGACUAAAGGCUUAUAUAAAUCUUUGUAAAAUAACAACAUACUAUGCAAUCUCUGGUUGGCUGAGGGGUGUGUAAACAGAGUUUACAUUUUGACCCUAAGAUGUUGCUAUGCAUACGCUAAUCACCAAACCACCAACUCAGGAAGCUGCUAAAAUCUGGUGCAUAAAUUUCUUUCAAAUCAGCACACUUAUCCCAGCAUGAAAUGAAUGAAUGCUUUUUAUUGAACUACAUUUAAUUUUAUGAUUAUCAUUGGUUUUCACGUUGCAUACCUCGCAGACCCAGGGCAGCCAGUCGGGUCACCAAAAAGGCAUAACAGAAGUUUACAAGCACAGGCAGUACAUUAUCAAAAUAAUAAUAGUAAUAAUAAUAAUAAUAAACAGGGGCACCCAACGACAAUUUUCGGAAAAAUAUCUGUUCGGAAGACGAUUUGAGAUCUAGAAUUUUCGGAACAUUUGUUGUAAAAUUUCUUGCUUGCCUGCCUCUCCUAGGAUUUUCGGACAUCUAAAAAAAGGUAUAAUUGCCUAUUUUUAACGGAUUUUUACCCUUAAAAGGUCACCUAGAAUUUUCGGGAGCCUUUUUUCUGGCUAAAAUUUUCGAAAAGGUAAGUUUUGAUCCCUAUAAUUUUCGGAUCACUUGACUUUCAGCUAGGAAAUCCGAACAGAUGAAAAAUUUCCAGGGGAUAAAAAUAUGCCUAUCUCUACCGUUUAAAUACUAAAAUACGUUUAACAAUUCUAAGUUUAAGUGGUUUUGAACUAUAUUCUCGUUGGGUGCCCCUGAAUAAAGCAUGUACAGGCCUGAUGCAUAAUAAUAACCUUUAUUUUAAGAGGGUGACACCUAUUACUAUGAAGUAUUCUCCCUAGUGGCCCUCUAGUAACGAUAAGAAUACAGAUGAAGUUCUUAUUAUGAAGUUAAUUUCUGACCUCAAAGCUUUUAUAUUAUGGUUUUCAGUAGGGCCUAAUAUUACCAUUAUUACUAUUAUUAAUUAUUACUUUUUUUAUCAUUAUCAUUUUUAUUAUUAUUAUCAUUUUCAUUAUUUAGUACAUUGUUAGAGUGGUAGUGGCAUUCAGUACUUGCAGUGCAUUUCUCUGCAGCUUUUGUCAUCUACAACCACAUAAUGGGAAUUGUUUUUGAGUCUGCAACGAUAGCUAACAACUGCAUUGUACAAGGUUUUAUUAAAUUGUCCUCCUUGUUUCCCUUAUAAGCCACAAAUCAAAUUAACUGAAUUAAAAAACUAUUUUUGUUCCCAUACAUAUAUGUACAUAUUGAAGGCUUGGAACUACAGGCAAUCAACUCGUCUUAUUGAAAACAAAGCAAAAGGCAUGUGUUUAAGAGCUGCUGAUGGCAAUGAAGGGAGUCCUGUGAAAACUGCAGCUUGUGAUGAAAAUGACACUCAGCAGGUAAGAAUUAACUUUCCUGGAAACUAUUUUCUAGCUUCAGAGGCAACCCAGCAUCCUCGGAGUUCCAGAGGCAGUGGUCCUGAGGGUAAAAUUCUGACAAGUGACAUAAGACUAGGCAAAAUGGUGACAAAUGAAACAAAGAUGGGUUAAAAACCGACAGGGACAUGACUUUCUGCUCAAAAUAUAAAACAACAGUAUUUGAAAUUCAGAUUAGGGACAUACGACAACGUACUUUCCAUAAGGGGGCCUCGGCAGUCGGGUCAGUAGAAUUAACAGCGCAUGGACAAAACUGAGCAUCUGUUAAUUAGGGUGGCCAAUGAUUGGAGACAAGCACUUGAUAAUGGUCUGGCGGUAGGUGUGGUAUUUGUGGACUUCUGGAAGUCCUUUGAAACCGUAUUUCACUCUCUCUCUGGAGACCUAUGGUCAUGGAUCAAAGGCUACCUGACAAACCAUUCACAGGUAACAGUUGUUAAUGGCUACAAAUCAGAGAGGAUGUUUAUGAAGUAUGGGGUUCUUCAGGGAUCGGUAUUGGGUCCUACACUAUUUUCACUAUCCUGCAAUGACUUCCCGGAUAUAGCUGAAUGUGAAGGCAUCUUACAAAUGUAUGUGGAUAACACUGCCACAUACACAACUGCACCCUUGCUUGACAAGGUGACAGAGAAGCUUAAUGCUAUCCUGGAAAAGUUAUAUGAAUGGUGCUGCAGGAACCAACUUUCAGCCCCCCCCCCACCCCUUUCUGCCGGUGAUCCAAUGUCACCGAUAGUUGUGUGUCUGUAUUCUAGUAGUCUCAGGUAUGGAUCACGAUUGUCUUGCUUUGCUUUGGUUAGCAGAUUUUUCUCUGUUGCAAGCGCAUUUGCUUGAGGGUGAAGUGGACUGGUGAUAGUGUGAUUGAACUCCCAUUAAAUGUUUUACAAAUGUUUUAAGUUCUUUAGAUGAGUAUUGGGGGCCAUUGUCCCUGAUUACCACAGAUGGUAUUCCAUGUCUUGCAAAAGCAGAUUUGAUGUGGGUGAUGACUGUGGUACUCAUGGUGUCUGGCAGUUUAGCUACAGUUAACUCUCGAUAACUCGAACCCUCGCUAACUUGAACCAAAGUUGAUUUCCGCUGGAUUUCCUUCAUACAGUUACUGUAAUUUUAUCCCCGGUAACUUGAACCUCCCGCUAACUCGAAGUAACUUUUGUCUCCCUUCAGAUCCUUUCUAUUUAGCCCUUGAUAACUCGAACCAUGUUUUAAGAGCGUGACAAGUUGGAAAAAACCCGUGUAUUGAAGUCCCAGACAUUGGAUUUAUUUCAAAACAACCUUUUCAAUUCCUUGUCUUUAUUUUUUGUCACUCUAGUUCAAAGUCAAUGUCCAUCCCUGUAUAUUUUGUUACCUAAUUGCAUUCCCUCCCCAUCCAUUUGCUUAUUUCCGGUUAUUUGCUUCAAACUCCUGAUAACUUGAACUUUUUUCAAUUUCCGUAGAAGGUUCGAGUUAUCGGUAGUCAACUGUACUUCAAUGAUGGGGUACUCUGACUUGUCCCAGGUAAACAGGUCUGUUGCUAUUUUUUCCUAUGGCUUGCUUGGUACUUGAGAGAGAAUUAUUGGUUCUUUCGCAUUUAGCUUUGGUUUUGUUGGCAUAUGCUACAUUUUGCAAUCUUGUCAUGAAUUUAAGAAUUCAUUCCUGACCAUGCAGUAUACAGGAGCACCCAACGAGUCUAUCUGAACAUAUCUUUAUUCGGUUUCAGUUAAAGAUCUGGAGGCAUAAGCUAAGCUACAGGACAAUCAUCUUUUAGUAACACUCCUCCAAGGCCUGUAGGUGAGGCUUUGCAACUGACAGUUAUUGGGUUUUGCACAUAAAAAAACCUCAGGACUGGGACUCCAUUUUCGGUUAGGAUACUCUUUAUUUCUUGAAAAGGUUGGUCUUGUUCAUGUAACCAUUGAAAAGUAAUGUCCUUUCGCAGAAGCACUCUAAUAGGCUCCAUGACAGUUGCCAGGUUGGGGAUGAAUUUUCCUAAGCAGUUGACAGUACCAAGUAAUCUUUCAACUCCUUUCUUGUCAGUUGGUGCAGGCAUGUCCUUAAUGGCACGAACAUUUACAUCAUCGGGCUUCAUCCCCUCUUGCGUGAGUUUGUGACCAAUGUAGGUCACCUCCUUGACUUUUAAGACGCAUUUGUCCUUGUUUAGGGUCAAGUUAAUAUUCUUGAAUUGAUCCAGGACUGAGCUCAGACGUCGGUCAUGUUUGAUUUCUGUGUCAGCAUGCACUAUUAUGUAAUAAAUGUCAGUUUUAAUACCUUCCAGGCCACCAAAGUGUUGACUAAUUCGCUUCUGAAAAACUUCUUGAGCAGAUUUACUUCCAAAGGGCAUAACUUGAUAGCAGAACCUUCCAAAAUGUGUGUUAAAGGUGGUAAGAAGUUGGCUUUCUUCAUCAAGGGGUAUCUGCCAAUAGUCUCAAUUUGCAUCUAACUUGGUGAACCGUUUUGCAUUCGUGAUAUCUUCUAUACUGGAUAGCUGAAAGUGUUUCCUUUAAGCCCCAAUAUCCACUUACAAAUUCUCCAAACUGAUCUCCAUACAUUUCGUUACAGAAUUAGUUGAGAGAAUUUGUUCAAAGAUCAAAUCACUUCCUCUUAGGUGAUCAUUUUAUUUAUUCUCGUAAACGUUUCUUUUAAUUAUUUAUUGAUUUUGUGAGGAGAAAAUGUGUGUUGGUCACUCUUGCGACUUAAAGGUUUAAUAGCAUUAUUCAGGUGUCUUAGAUCCAGACAGAUGCUCAAACUAUCAUCAGACUUGUUAAACAAUUUAAUUGAAUUUACCCAGUCAUUGGGUUCUCCCACUUUGCGAAUCACUCCUCAUUUUUCCGUGUCAUCUAACUCUACUUUCACUCUCUCCCGAAAUGUGGCUGGUAUUGUUCAAGGGGGGUUUACAGAGGGUGUACCUUUUGGGUCCAUUUCAAUGUAGUCAAGUUUCUGUAACCACCCCAGUCCUGUAAACUCUUGUGUAUAUUUCUGAAUGACCUCUUCUUUCAAUUCUUGAGAUAUUUUUGUGCAUGCAGUUUUGUCACUGUCAUCAGGUGUAGUUUCUUCCUGUUCUUUCUUUGCCGCCAUGACAACUUUAAUUAGCCCAAGUUUUGUGAGGAUCCAAAACAUAGUAAUCCUGGCUGAUUUGUUUUCGCUACAUAGAAUGUUAGCUCUUGAUUAACAUCUGACUUGGAUUUCACAUUCAAUUUUACAGUUCCUAGUAUUGUGAGAUUAUCUCCUGAGUAGAAACCAGUUUGUGGUUGCAUAUCUCCUCGUGGGGGUCAUUCCCUUGAAUCUUCUUGAGUUCCUUUAGUGGCAUUAUAUUUAACUUGUGAACCAGUGUCAACUUUAAGUCGCAUGCGGCUGUCCUUGUACUGAUAAAGUCACAUAGCACUCGUCAUUCUGAAUUUGGACUUCUGCAUGAAGUGACUGAUCCUACAAACAAUAGAGACUCGCAAUCAUAUACUGUUCUUUUUCGUCUUCUGCCGUUAGCCCAUGGACGUUUUUCACUGACCGGCACAUGCUCUUGAAAUGAUGCUGUUUUUUGCAAUUGUGACAUGUCUUGCCAUACGCCGGGCAUUCUCCUACACCAUGUCUUAUUCCACAGUUUCUACAUUUAAAUAUCUUGCUUGAAGAGAGUCUAUAUUCAUUGGCUGAGGGUGCUCCUCUGAAGGGUGGAUUUUUCUUCUCCAUUCCAAUUCCAUGUACAGAUGAGUCGCUUGCCAUGUCCUUUAAUUGUUUUUCUGUUGCCUCUGCAGAUCGAACGACUCUAUAGCCUUCUCCAGGGUGAGGUCUGAAAUCCUGAGCAGUCGCUCUCUCGUCUUAGCGUCACUGAUGCCAAGCCCAAUUCUAUCUUUGAUAAUGGAGUUUUUCAAAGUGCUGAAUUCACAUGAUUCACUCAUCUUUCUCAACACGGUAACAUAUUGAUUAAUCUUUUCACCACUUUCCUGGGCUCAUGAAAAGAACUUCUAUUUCGUAACUAACGUUUUUCCUUGGUUCACAGUGUCCCUCAAAUUUCUCUAAGACUUUGUCUAUCUUUUUCUCAUCACCUUCUGCAUCUCAUAACAGUUAGUUAGUCAGUUAAAAACAUCAAUGGCAUUGUUGCCAGUGACUGUUACCAUAGCGUAGCUAUUCUGUUGGCAUUUUACUUCUUGUUUAUGCCAAUUGCAAUUUCGCAAUUUUGGGUAUUUUUGUUUGAACUUUCUCCAGUUUUCUGAAACGUUUCUACCCCUUAAAUCGAGUGGUUCUGGUGGGGGAGGCCUAAAUACAGUUGUAAAUAUAGCGCCAUUUCAUGUUCAGUCGCAAGAUCGUCUGGAGGCGUAUUUGCGGUGUUUCCUUCCGUUAAAUUUCCCUCAUGUACUUGAGGUGUAUUCCCGUCUACUGCUGGUGUAUUUUCAUUUUGUUCAGGAGCGUUUUCCCCAUCUAGUUCGCCGAGACUUCCUCCUUCACUUACGGUUUCUUGGGACAUGUGCUUUUCCCGGUAGCAGCUCUCGUUGGUCGGACUUUGCGUUCUGUCUUCGUUGGAAAACUUCACUCUUUACUUUUCGUUCUUCAUUUCUGACGGUCUGUAAAAAUCUUAACUAGAGACCACGAUGGAGGAGGAUUAGCACAGUUUAAUUGACAGCUUCUAUAGUUCUUCAACAUGUCCGAUUUUCUAUGUUGUAGUACAGUAUGCACGCAUGCGUACUAUAAAACACCGCUGAUCUUGUCGAAAAGUGGAGCUGAAAAGAGGCCAGGGGCUCCCUUUUUUCCCCUUCCCAUUGCACCUUCGUACUUUUCAUUUUUAUAUUUUGCUGAUCUCAUUGUUUUUUUUCUCAUUAUCAUACGACUUAACUCAUAGAAGCCGUGGCCGUAUUUACGAACUAAAUUCAAAAGUUGAAAGAGCUGAUUGACUUGAGCUCUUUGCAAGCAAUAUGGAAGGAAAUAUCAGCCAUCAAAAACUGCGAAAUUUUUGGUUGGCAAAAAAGUUACUGAGUCAUACAUUCUUUGUUUUGAGUUUUUAAAAGAGAAUUUCUCCGAAACUAUUAAAUAUAUCAGGCUCAAUUUUUCAGAGAUAACUGAAAUUGUUAUAUUUUUUGAACAUUCAGAGAUUUUAUUUUAUUAGCUUCAUCAGAUAAUGAUAAGCAUAUAUUAAUGAGGCAAAAAAUGUAAACAAAAAUUGGCCUAUAUCAAAGGGAGCCUUUGCAGAGAAGUGAGUUAACCUUGGUAACAUAUAGUGCUGUUGUUUCCUUGUAGAAAUGGAAUAAUAUUCAACGUCUUUUGAUGCUGGAUGAUGGUGCCAUGACUGGCAAAUGCCUUGACGCUGACCCUGAAACUAAAAUGCUUGUGAUCCAACACUGUGACAGUACAAAAGAAUCCCAGCAUUGGACUUAUCAUAUAAAUUCUCCAGCACAAUAAUAAAUCAGAAUAGUUUUUUAUAAGAUCAGUAUUUCUAUUUAUCGCCACACAGGAAAGACCAUGUAAAAAACUUAAAAUUCUAUAACUUUAAAAAACUACUGUGCUGUACUAUACUGUAUAUUAAGUAAUAACCGUUGUUGCUGUCCAUUUUAAUCUUCCUCAAUUUUAUAUUCUCGGCCUUUUUUCAUUUAGUGAUUGCCGUAUUAUUGGAAAAUUCCUUUACUGGUAUGUUUUGUGCGGUUAAUUUUCAAAUUUACUCAGUUUAGUAGCUGGUUCAAAGUGGCUGAUUUUGGACAAAUUGCUUGCUAUAGCUCCGUUAAGCUUUUUUCAAAUGACUUAAAACAGUAGAAUGUAUGAUGUGAGGGGAGGAGAGGUUAUUUUAUAGAAUAAAUGCAGAAUCUGAGUGACAAUCACUGACUUUGGACAACAUCAAGGCCUAACCUAUAGCUAAGGUGUGAUUUAAGAUCUUGCCUCAGUUCAGGUCAUUGCACCUUGUCUUUAUUAAUUGGAAGGGGACAUAAAAGAACUUAAACUCCAAUUCAAAACCAGUAGGGGCAUAUAGGCCUCGGUGGUGUGGUCUAUCUCACACGGGGCAAGGGGCUGUACAUGCCCUUAGGAAUUGCCCAGUGGCGGAUCCAAAUUUUUUUUCGAGACCGGGCCUCCCCCUUACC